UCCAUGUGGCAAUAUCGAUCUGAAAAAAAUCUUUGGAGGAGGAAUAAAUAUUUGGGAUUAUUCCGACCUGGAAACGGUCGCGAAGCAGUCGGGAAAUUACUUGUAAAUGACCGCAAAUUUACAAACAUUGAGGAGGUAAAUUGUCAUGUUUACGUUUGGGUAAACGUCGAUGAAGUGUAGGUGUGACUCGCGACAAAUCACAAAGUCCAUUGGCUGCGUGUUAGCUCUUACCUCACCGACUAUAUUUAUGUACCACACUAACUUCGGUCUUUGAAUCGGACUCGCUCUUACUUUGUGAGGCCAGAGAUUCAGAAAAUAUCGAUGUUCAAACUUGAGGAAUCGAAGAAGACUGUCCCUUUCGACUUCGGAAGAAUUUCUCCCAGAACUAAGAUUACGUCGUUAGCGCAAUUGCGCAAGGGCGAUCAUGUCAUGGAAGAAAGCCCGUUGGGUUACUGGCAUCACUUCAUCGUGGAUAAAGUAAAGCCAAAAUUUGCGUGGGUUAUACACAAGACUGGUGAUCAAGACACUGGUUUACGAUCUCUUCGAGAAAGUAACCCCACUACCAAAGGAGAAGUUUCAAGAACUAAAUUUGUUCUUGAGUCUAACCAAGUUGUGUACAGGAUAGAGUACCCUCCGACGGAUGAGGUCGAUGGGGUUGUGGUGUUCUCCUCGGAUGAGGUGGUGCGAAGGGCGAGGAAGCGCUUGGGAGAACGGCACUAUAAUGCUUUAACGAGCAACUGCGAACACUUCUGUCGAGAUUGCAAAGCAGGAAAACCUGAGAGCUAUCAAUCUUAUGAUGUAGUAUGGACUGUUAUAAGGCUUUUGUUUGUCUUUCUGCAAGGAAUACUAGGGGCAAUACUGUUCAUUGUUGCUUCUACAACAGGUUUGUUAGCUCAGACAUCACUGUUGCUGAUGGGUCAUGUAGUAGGUGUGAUAGUGGGACUCCUACAGGAUAUUCUGUGGAUAGCAUUUGUUGUUAUUACUGCUGAUCUUGCGAGAACCAAAGGUCAUGUGACACCUGUGGAUGCUGAAAAAAUCAAAGCUAAAAGAGUAACCCCAAUAGUGUCAGGAUUUGUGGGAGGGGUGGGAGGGGCAGCCCUUGGCUAUUAUCGCAUCCCCUUACCAGUGUUUGGUAGCAUUAUUGGAGCAGUUAUUGGAAACUUUCUCUGUCAAGCUUUAGGUCUUCUGGUUGGUAGAUGGGUCUCAACCUUGUUAAAGUAACACACCAUGUUGUGUAUAUCAUAAUGCCAUUAGUAAUUGGAAGUCAGAUUGGGUGGGUUAAUAAAUUGAUUGAAAUUUUAUCAAAAAUAUAAAUUUGAAGUACUUCCUAGUUAAAUUUUUGACAAUUUGAAAAUGGGUUGGGAAGAAUUCUAGAAUUUUUUUAUUUGGGGACUCUAACUUUUGGUAAGAAAUAAUUCACAAUGUCACCAGCCCCUUUCACCACCCCAAUAAUCAAUGUUGACAUGAGCCCAGAAGGCUAGAUGAAUGAAACACAGUAUUGCACUGGGAACUGAAAGGGGAAGAGACAUACAUGAAUACAGCACAAUCGCAAAGAAAUGAAUUAUCUCAGGACUCAAACCACUGAUUGUAAAUAGUUAUAAAUGAAAAACGAAUAUUUGGAUUUUGAUAUGACAGAAACAAAGACUAUAAAGAUCUUUGUUUUAUUUAACAUAGCCAUAACUUGAAGUUCAUUGUUUAAUUAAAACUGGGAAGAUUGUUAUGCAUAUUAUUACUUAAUAAGUAAGUAAGUAAGUAAGUAAUAGUCUUUAUUGCCAAAAGAUAAAAGUACAUAUCUUUUGUUACAUUCUAGUUGCCUAUACACUCAAUAAAAAUCUAUCCUUUAAAUUAAAAUACUUAAACUACAAAUGGAUGAUAAAAUACUACAUAGAAAAUACAUUACCUUGUGUUUAGAAAUCAGUCUAUUUACAUAUGAUGUCAUAAAUUGUUUGCUAUUUACUUUGGGGAGGGCACACAGUUUUUUAUGCAGACUAUAUUUAUUCUCAUGUGUUGGUGGUAAAUAUGAGCCUAGUGGAUGGUUAUCUACAGAGGUAAUAGCCUUUAAAAUCUUGCAGUCCUGUCUAUUUUAAAGGUCCUUAAUAGUUCAUGUGAAAGUUGGCAAGUCCUCUUAGGGUGUGUAGCAUUAAAAUAUUUGUACAACUAGGUAGAGGGAAAAUGUAUCAUCCUAAGAGCUUAUAUUAUCUUAAACAUGAUAAGACUCAACAUAUUUAUAAUUAUUUCAUUAAACUAAAAUUAUUUAGCUGAGUCUCUCUGAAAUGAAACUUGUAAAUGGAGUAGCAUAUAGAAACAUUUCAUAUGUAAUAAAGGACCAAAUAAAUUUAAUAAACUAUUUACAAUGUUCA